AUCCCCGACUUACACGCGCGCACGCACACACUCACACUCACACACUCACAUUCGUACACAUACAUACACGCGCACGCUGCCCAGCUCUCCUCCCCCUCCCCACUGGGCUUGCCUUUGGCUUCGGCUGGACUCGAGAGGGUGAGGGAAACGAAGGGGCGGAGGGGGCGGCGCAGCAGCAGCAGCCACAGCCGCAGCAGCAGCAGCAGCAACCGCCGCCGCCGCUGCCGGAGCCGAAGCCGGAGCCCCAGCCGGAGCCGCGGGGAGAGCGGGAAGAUGCACACCACCCAGAAGGACACCACAUACACCAAAAUCUUCGUCGGGGGGCUCCCGUACCACACCACCGACUCCAGUCUGCGCAAAUACUUCGAGGUCUUCGGGGAGAUCGAAGAGGCGGUGGUCAUCACGGACCGGCAGACGGGGAAAUCCCGGGGCUACGGAUUUGUCACCAUGGCUGACAGAGCUGCUGCUGAAAGGGCCUGUAAGGAUCCCAACCCUAUCAUUGAUGGCAGAAAGGCCAACGUGAAUCUGGCAUACUUGGGAGCCAAACCCAGGAUCAUGCAACCAGGUUUUGCCUUUGGUGUUCAACAACUUCACCCAGCUCUUAUACAGAGACCUUUUGGGAUACCUGCCCAUUAUGUUUAUCCACAGGCUUUUGUGCAGCCUGGAGUUGUAAUUCCACAUGUCCAACCUACAGCAGCUGCUGCCUCCACCACACCUUACAUUGAUUACACUGGAGCUGCAUAUGCACAAUACUCGGCAGCUGCAGCAGCUGCAGCAGCAGCAGCCUAUGACCAGUACCCAUAUGCAGCAUCUCCAGCUGCUGCAGGAUAUGUCACUGCUGGGGGCUAUGGCUAUGCAGUCCAGCAGCCAAUCACCGCGGCAGCACCUGGGACAGCUGCUGCUGCAGCAGCGGCAGCGGCAGCAGCAGCAGCGUUUGGCCAGUAUCAGCCACAGCAGCUGCAAACAGACCGUAUGCAAUAAUGAAUGACCGGCCAUCGGAAGAGAGUUGAAUUUCUUUCUCUAUUUUUUCCCCAGCCUUCCAGUUUUAAGUAGAUAAUAAGGUGGUUAACACUAACUAAGCAGCUUUAAGAAGUUAUGCUACUGCAAACCAGGAGAUUUUUAUUCGACUGUCCUUGUACUCGAAUCAUGUUGCUAUGGGAAAAAGGGUUGAGGGCCAGGGGAGUGGGAGGAAUUAGUAUCAGGAGUCAAUCCAGGCGACACUGAAUAAACAAUGCACUGCCAUGAAAAGACUAUAGGGAUAACAAUAGAACUUCAUUUGACAAAAUUUUUUUAAAACGGGGUUUUUGUUGGUUUUUUAAUAGUAUCAGGGAAGCAAACUGCCUUUUUCAAAUGAGAAAACGUUGCUUUGAAAAAGUUAUACCAGGGAAAAGAAAUCAGAGCGAGCAAUAUGUAGCUUAUAUAACAUUUAAAACAUAUUUUUUAAAAUAAUUGAAGCACUGACUGUCAUUUCUAGUUUUCACUAUGGCCUAUAGAACUUGUUCAAGUAAGAAAGUGAUUUUCUUGCUGUCUCAUACUGGGCAUCGAACAAUCCUGAGGAGCAUGGCCGCUUGGUAAAAUGGUGGACAGGCACCAAAGCUAUUUUCUCAUCUGUCCUCUGGAUGAGUGGAACUAUGGAGCAAGUGAUGUGGAAUUAAUGGGUGCAACAGCUGUACAGACAAUCAAUAACACAGACAGUUCUGGAAAGAACACAUCACUUGUGCUUGUUUGAUGAGCUUGUCACAUUCUAAUCCCUCUCCCCAUCCUGUUUCAAUUUUGGGAAACUUUUAACUGCUGGUGUCAGCUAUUCUGAUUCUGAAAUAGGAUCAGCCCUUUACUACAACAGCCUUCUCUUUCUAUUUAUUAUGUUGACUCGUGGCUUGUGAAUAAAAGGCAGGAAGAAGUUUGCAGAAUUUGAACCUUUGAGAACUGUCUUAAGGAAAUUUAUUUUUUUUUCCUUUUUGAAAUGAUUUCUAUGACUUUAGUAUCUAUUACAGAGUCCUAUUUAAAACUAUUUAUUAGGGAACUCAGUAAAUAAGACAACAAGGUUCCUGAGACUACAGUUCUUCAAGGGUUAAUGAUAUGUGGUUUAUACUGUGCCUUAAUUGUAAUGCUAUUUAAAAAUAUUUAUUUUGAAGUUUUACAAUGCUGCACUCUAAAGAAAGGAACUUUAGAUGUGACACUGUAAAAUUAUAUAUUCAUCUCAUGGCAUAAAUUAUUUAGUAGGUUUAGAUGUAGCAUAUUAAAUAUUAACCUAUUCAGCUAAAGAUGUUGACUUAGAUUUAUUUAAAUUCAGUAUGUGCACUGUAUGAGAGGGUACUCUUACAUUAACAGAGUUUAGGUUUUUUACAGGAUGUGUUGCUAGUUUCAUACUGCUUCCUCUUCAGUACUUUGCUCAUGUAGAUUUACUUUCCUGGCAAUUCAUUAGUCGAAUUUCCCCACUAUUUUUUAUGUAGUUUAAAAUGCUGCUUUACAUUUUUCUUGUGAAACUACAAUACUUGCAAUUUUUAUUCUUAACCUAAAUUGAAUAAUAUUUUACACUGUAUUGGACUUUUUAUACUUGAACAAUUUCAUACAAGGGAAGACAGGAUAGCAUUUUUAUGGACUUUAUCCAUUGUCACUGGAUUUAUUUUAAGUAUUCAAAAUACUAGCCAGUGUUAUAUAAUGUAGACAUGACUCUCCUGUGCAUAUUAUUUAUUCAGUAUGUAUAUUGCUUUAUAACAUUUCAGAUCUUCUAAACUAGUCACUUGUAUUAAAUAUAAUUUUUAAAAUCUACUGUUGCAUUGUCUAUAAUUAUGCAAUAAAAGUGAAGAAUGUCUCCUUUUAA